AUGGAGUCCAACUGCCGCAAACUUGUCUCCGCCUGUGUUCAGCUAGGGGUGCAGCCCGCCGCCGUCGAGUGUCUUUUCUCCAAGGAGGCGGACAUCAAAAAGGGGGAGCUCGGCGAGGCGCCGGGGGGCCGCAAGGAGCCCGCCGGCACCAAGCUCUUCGGCCGGCCGCCCCCCAGCGCCAAUGGCGCGCACGUAGACUUUGGCGUCCUUUUGCCGAUGAACUGCAUGAAGGACCCGUUAAGCCUGGAGCGCCUGGGAGCCGGGAAUAAGCUGUGCUCCUCCUCACCUUCCUCCUCCUCCUCUUCAUCAUCUUGCCACCACCACCAGCCCGCGCUGGCCAUGGCGACGGCGCUGGCGCCGGGGCAGGCGCGCUCCUCCCUGGAGUCCGCCAAGCACCGGCUGGAGGUGCACACCAUCUCCGACACCUCCAGCCCCGAGGCCGCAGAGAAAGAUAAGAGCCAGCAGAGCAAGAACGAGGAUGCGGGGCCCGAGGACCCCUCCAAGAAGAAGAGGCAGCGGCGGCAGCGGACUCACUUCACCAGCCAGCAGCUGCAGGAGCUGGAGGCCACCUUCCAGCGGAAUCGCUACCCGGACAUGUCCACCCGGGAGGAGAUCGCCGUCUGGACCAACCUCACCGAGGCCAGGGUUAGGAGCAGUCGAACAAGUUUGUUUAGAAAAUGGUUUUCGGCCCUGGAAGCUUUCGCGCAAGGAGAAACUUCUGCGACGCCUUCCCCUCCGCCCCCCCGGCCUACCCCGAAGGCGGAGGGCUGCGACGGGGUGGCCGGGGGCUGCGCGGGUCGCGGGAGAGCAAACGCUGCCGUCGCCAAAGCGGGAACGGCGCCGGCCCUGCCUUCUCGGAGGGCGGGCUUGUGCCUGCCCGGGGGGGGCCACCGGCCCGACCCCCGCCCCGUGACCCCGCACGGCCGCCACCGGCCCGUGCCCGGCACCGCCUGCGGCGCAGCCCGACCAUGGCGGCGUGCGAGCGGCGACCUCACGGGCUACGGCCCCACGGGAGGACGGCAGCGUGACCGAGAUGGGGGACAGGUCACCUCCCGCCUCGGGAAGAGCUUGGGCCUGAGCCCACACGGGGCAGGUAAAGCCCUGCGCGGCUGCGGCUCUGCACGGCGAGGUCGCCGGGGGCUCCGGGCGGACCCGGCCCCAGCGCCAGCCCCGCGGGCCAGCCGCCGGCGGGAGCACGGGGUGGAGGCGACCGACCGCCAGCCCAAAACCGGGAGAAAAAAAAAAAGAAAGAAAAAAAAGAAGCCACAAAGCCCCCAGCAGCCCACCCGGGAGCAGGAGCCCGCGGGUGCCUCGCUCCGGCAGUGA